GUGAAGGUUGUGUUUGUUUCUGGUUGUUUGUUUGUUGACAAUUUUAAGUAUUUUCGAAUUUUUUGAGCAACAAAGAAACAUUGAAUAUUUUCUUGGAUUCGAGAACAAAUAUUAUUACAGAAAAUAAUACCUGGAGAAUGACAUUGCUGAAUACAAAUAUGCAAUAGACGUUCUCUAUGCAAUAGACUAAUAAAUAGAGUAAAUAGACGACAUCUCCAAAGCAUAGAAUGAUAGUACUCCUUACCUUCAAAGAGAAUUUAAACCAUAUAAUAAAGUACUUUGUGUUUAAACCACAGAACACAUUUACUCCAAGAGAUUUGAACAAUAUCUUUACGAAAAUUUGAAUGUUCAAGAUGAUUUUAGAGUACAUUUUAAAAUAUCAUUUACAAGACUGUAUGCGUAUUCUUGCUGAAGAAGAUAACUUGGGAUACUUUAGUAUAAAAAUCGAUUUCCUCAAAUUAUUUGAAACAUAUCCUGAUGUUGGUGACCAGGUACUCUGUAAGCCUGUUGAAAGCCUACCUCAAUGUGGUAAAGAUAUCACAAAAGCUCAACAGAAUAUAUUAGAACAAGACAUAUACAAAAAUAAACUAUCAAAUCUGCAGCACAUUUCUUUGAAGAGAAAUGUUCAAGCUAGAUUUUUUGGAUUACCUGUGUGCCCUGAGCUUCACAGGACUAUUUUCCCAAAAAAUGUUGAUUUAGGAUGUUUUUUAAAAGUUACUGGUACUGUUGUAAGAGUAACCCAAGCAAAAAUGCUAGAAUAUCAACGGAACUAUAUAUGUAUGAAGUGUAAGUAUGAUAACAUUGUUGAGGCUGAUUUUGAGAAUAGAUAUAUUUUAAAAGCACCACCAAGAUGUGGUAAUAUAGAUAGAAGAUGUAAGUGUGCAACAUUCACUCAAGUCCAUUUAGUUUCAAGAGAACAUUGUAAAGAUUAUCAAGAAAUAAAAAUACAGGAGCAAGUUAACAAAUUGAGUAUUGGAUCGAUACCUGGAUCUAUUUGGGUAAUUUUAGAAAAUGACCUUGUUGACAGCUGUAAACCUGGAGAUGAUGUUAACAUUUGUGGCACGGUACGCCGUCGUUGGCGCCCUACUAUACAGAACAAAAACUCUGAGGUUGAAUUAGUUCUACAAGCCAAUUAUGUGGAAGUGUGCAAUUCCCAAAGGUCUGAUGUGGUAUCGUCUGCACCUGAUGUCAAUGAGUGUUUCAGUGAAUUUUGGAAUAGAUUUGAAUCUUGCCCAUUGAAAGGAAGAGAUCAGAUAUUAGCCUCCGUUUGUCCACAGGUUUAUGGUUUACACCUUGUGAAACUAGCAGUGUUAUUGACUGUUAUAACGGGCUCGGAUCAUGUCACUGGAAAUGAUGAGAAGAGUUUUCCGGACGAUUUACACACUACUAGAGUCCGUGGUCAAUGCCAUUUACUUUUGGUAGGGGAUCCAGGUACUGGAAAGUCUCAGCUCCUAAGAGCGGGCGCCGAUCUGACUGCUCGCUCCGUGUUCACAUCUGGUGCGGGGAGCACUCGCGCCGGCCUCACUUGCGCCGCUCUCAGGGAAAAUGGCGAUUGGCAACUGGAAGCAGGUGCACUGGUGUUAUCAGACGGCGGAGUUUGUUGUAUCGAUGAGAUAUCCCAGUUGAGAGAACACGAUCGUACUGCGAUACACGAGGCAAUGGAACAACAGACUAUUUCUAUAGCUAAGGCUGGAAUAGUAUGUAAAUUGAACACUCGUUGCGCAGUUAUAGCAGCUUGCAAUCCAAAAGGCCACUAUCAAACAGACGAACCGCUUAGCGUCAACGUUUCGCUCGGUACACCAUUGUUAAGUAGAUUUGAUUUGAUAUUUAUUCUUUUGGAUGGAAAAAACAAAGCAUGGGAUAAACUUGUUUCAUCAUAUAUUUUGUUUGGCGGCUCUUAUUCAGAUGCGAAUAAGAAGUGGAGUUUGGAUAAAAUUCAGAUGUAUAUAAGUCUUGUUGGCCCUCGUGAUACAACCAUGACUGAGUCUGCAAAUACGAUACUGCAAGCUUAUUAUAUGAUGCAAAGGAAAUCUGAAUACAGAGACCCUUCGCGUACUACUGUUAGAAUGCUCGAUAGUCUCGUCAGAUUAUCACAAGUUCAUUGUCGACUUAUGUACCGAACAACAGUUUUACCAACAGAUGCUAUAGUAGCAGUAACUUUAGUAGACCUGUCUAUGCAAGAUUGCACACUAGACGAUACAGUAGACGCCUUACAUUCGACAUUUCAGAAGCAUCCAGAUUUUGAAUAUUUGUGCACUGCAAAAAAACUUUUAGUUAAAUUGAAUUUAUAUGAAAUCUGGCAAGAAGAAUUAUUGUAUUAUGGAAAUUUGUUACAAGUUGAUCAUAAAACUUUAGAAAGUAGUAUUGAUAGACGUGAUUGUAACUUAUUUACCAAAUAUGAUGACGUAGAUGAUGAUAAUAUACCAUUGUCUGCAGCAGUGGUGACUAGUUCAUAUUUCAGUAAGCAGAAAAGUAAACACGAUUGUGAGGAAACUAAUAUUUUUGUAGAAAAUGAGAGUAAUGGAGGUGAUUUCAAUAUCAAAUCCAGAAAACUCAAUGAAAAACAAGCUCCAACAUUGAAGAAACAUUCAACAUUGAGUAAACAAGAACAGAAAGUACGAAAUAAUCAUAAAAGGAUGAAUAUAAACGUAAGGAAGCGAAAAGAAGUUACUAUCGAUGUAGAACCAGUUAAUUGUCGCAAAUCAAAGAAAUCAAAAAAAUGUAAAGAUGGUGGUAUAAACGAUAAUGAUUGUUUAUUAGACGUGACGGAAGCUUUAAAUGCCGUUCCUAGUGUUAAUGAUGUUUUUACGGAAUUAGGAAUAGAUUUUAAACUUCAUAAUAGUGAAACAGGCGGUUUUGAUGGAGAAGAGUCAUGUUCAGAGCGCAAUAACGGAGAUUCUGGAAAAAAAAUAUCUUGUAUGUACGUAAAAUCAGGAAAGAAAGAAAUUACAAGCAAAUCAAUAGAUAAUAAUGAUAAAGACAGUUUUAGUGGAGAAGACUCACGUCCAGAGCGCAGUAAAAAAGAUUAUGGGAAAAAUAUAUCCAGUGUAAAUGUAAAAUCAGAAAAAAGAGAAUGUGCGAGCAAUACAAUAGAUAAACUGCAACAAUUCAAAUUUAUUGAAAAAUAUGAUCUUGGCAAAUUUUAUGAAGAAAAACUUGACAAAUCUCCACCUAAAACUGAAAGAUCCGGAACUGUUGUUAAAAUAGAAAAACUAAAUAAUGGUACAGCCUCUACAAGCCAAACGAAAUCAAGAAUAUCUAAUUCACAAAUGUCUAUAUUUGAGAGUUCAGACUGUGAUAUCAAUUUAGAUAUAUAAAAUCAUGAGCUAGAAACUAUUUAUUUGGUAAAAAUUAAAAACAAAAUCCAUGGUAUUUUGUUUUAUUUACUAAUAUUUACAAUAAAAGGAUAUACAACCUAACUUUCUCCACUAUUAGAAGCUUCAGAGGCCUUGUAAGCAUCUUUAUCAUAAUUUUCAAUAAGUAAUGUCUUAAAUCUUCUAGCUGUGACUGUUAUGCUGUCCUCAUUUGGUGAUGCAUUUAAUAUUUCUACUCUAGAAACAUAUAAGUGAUCAGAGUUUUUGGGACUCACCCCUUUUAUGAUAUCAAUUUCAUCACCUACUUUAGUCUGUAAAGAAAAAUAAAAAAUUAAUUGAAAGUAUUAAUUAAUAACU